CUGCUAUCCCCGUUUAAAUAAGAACAUUUCAUUUCAGUAGGCCUUUAAACAGUCUUUUAAAUUGAAUCAUGUUAGAACAGGUUUUGAACUCGUCCCCUAAGUUGUUCCACAGAGUGACUCCAUGCACUGAAAUGCACAUUGAUUUUAAAGUUGUUCUAAAUUUAGGCAAAUAUAAUUUGUUGUUUCCUCUUGGACUGUAACUAUGGUGAGCAUCUCUAUCCUGGAAUAGGUUCUGUAUAUUGGAUGGUAGAGAGUUUUGGGAUGCAGCUUAAUUUGACUCAACACGGGGAACCUUACCUGGCCCGGACACGGAAAGGAUUGACGGAUUGAGGGAUGCCAUGCAGCAGAAGACUGUUCCCCAGACUUUGAGUUUCACUUUAUUUCUCACUUCAUAAGGUCCAAAUAGGUCCACUGUUGUGAACUCAAAGGGAUUAGCUGGUGUUAUACGCUCAGGUGGAAGGUCACUCAUGAUUUGCUGGCAUCUUUUAGCUCUGGCUUUUCUGCAUGCAACACAGUUGUCCACAAUCUUUUGAGCCACUUUACGACCUUUUACCACCCAUGCCUUCUUCCUCAUCCGAAGGAGUGUCCCUUUGUGUCCUUCUUGGGCACGGCUGUGAAAAAAACCUGAAGAACUUGUCUGACGAGUCUUGAGUCUUGACUGAUGAUAUAAAGUCAUGUUAUACAGCAGGAAGUAGACUUUGCUCUUUUCGACUGGGAGGAACUCAAACAGUUGCUUUGAGUAAAAGUUUGAAGCUUCUGGAAGGAGCUGGUGUCUUCAGUGGAAAAAUGGCUUGCCCUGAAGCUCUCCAAUGUCCUUCCUGUUUGGACGUCUUCAAAGACCCUGUCAUGCUGCCUUGCAGCCACAGCUUCUGUCGCUCCUGUGUGGAGCGAUGGUGGGAGGGGAAAAAGGACCGUUCUUGUCCACUCUGUAGGACGGAGUGCAGAUCCAUGGAUUUACCUCUGAACUUGGCCUUGAGGAACGUGUGUGAAGCUUUUGCAGCGUCUUCCGUGGACACUGAGGAAGAGUGCAAGUUGCACAAGGAGAAACUGAAACUGUUCUGUUUGGACCAUCAGCAGCCUGUGUGCCUCGUUUGCAGACAUGCAAAUAUCCACACAAAUCACAAAUUCUCUCCUAUCGAGGAAGCUGCAAAGGAACACAGAGAAGAUCUACAGAAAGUCCUACAAGUCAUGACAAAAAGACUGAAAAUGUUUACCAAAGUUAAAGAAGACAUCAGUCAACAAGCAGAACACAUCCAGGUCCAGAAGCAGCAGGCUGAAAGCAAGAUUAAGGAGACUUUUAAGAAGCUUCACAACUUUCUGGAGAAGGAGGAAGAGGCUAGAUUGUCAGCUGUGAGAGAAGAAGAGCAAAGCAAGAAUCAGACAAUGAAAGAGAAGAUUGAGGGUCUCAGCAGCGACAUGAAAGCUCUCCAAGGCGUGAUUAUCAGCACAGAGAAGCUGCUAACAGCUGACAAUGUUUCCUUCUUGAAGAACUACAAGGAAAUGAGGGCCAGAGCCCAGAAGCUGCCCAAAGAGCCCAAGCUGGUCCUAGGACCUGUGCUGGACAUGGACAAGUAUCUGGACAACAUCCCACUCACCUGGUGGGAAAAAAAUAAGACGUUGGUGUCCCAAAGUGCUGUGAUUCCAAACCCAAACACCAGCAAUCCAGAACUCAGACAGAAGCUAAGCAGAGAAGAGCAGCAUCCGAAGAAUCCAGUGAGUGUUCAAGACUUGCAUGUGUUAAAUGUAACUGCUGUGCACCCAGAAGCACACACCUGGAAUGUUGAUGUGGGCCACAACGACAAGUGGGAACUGGGGUUCAUGUUUCAGUCUUUUAGAGCUGGCAUUCGAUUUCAAGACAGGAAAUACAAAAGGAUUUACCCACUACGUGAAGACUUGCCUUUGUCAAUCAAAGAGAAACAGCAGAGAUUCAGAGUUCGUUUCGACAUUAGCAAGGGAAAGUUUUCAUUUCAUGACUUUUGUACAGACACUAUUUUAGACACAUUUGAUGUACCCAUUUCUUUUGGUUUUUGGAAGUAUUUAUCCAGGACAGUAACAAUAACACUGUACACUUACAUUUCCAAAGAUGUCAAUACCUGCGCCUGAAGAUUGUCCGUGAUGGAUUUGGAGACAUGUUGCUCCUACAGAAAUAUUUUACAUGGAGCUACACUCUGUUCAAAAUUCUUGUGUUCAGACAAAUCAUGUUGUGUAAGAAAGGUGUCUUGCCUGCUGACAGUUUAGGCCGACACUUCAGCCUUCGUUAGACACGUCACACCCGGAAGCUACGACAGCUCUGACGGAGGCUGAAGUUAUAACAUAAAAUGAUUAGUCAAACAGACAAUCAUAAAUAUGUGAUUUUAUGGAUGUGUCUUUUGUAAUGUAAAUCCAUUUUAGUUUCCUGUAUCCUUAUUUGUGAGGAAUGCUGUUGUAUAUUGUGUCAUUCAAUAAUAAUAUGUCAGUAUUAAAUGAAAGACAUUAAUAAAAAAAAGGCAAUGAUUAAACAAUUGUACUUGUUGCCAAUUAGCAUUGUUUGAGUCCAUUCAUCAGUUGUUGUAUUUCAAAAGCAUUUAAUGUUAUGCUGAUAUUGACACCAUUGAAAUAUUCUGAAAAUUAUAUUCAUUAUUAAUACUUUGUUAGUUGGUUUAGCAGGGUUUUUUUUGGACUUGUUGAAAACAAAAGAAAAUAAAUAAAAAUAAAACAGGAAAUAAUCUUAACAUUACAGUACAGUACAGAUAUAAAAACAAAUACUGCACAAUGAAAACUGGACUCAAUAGAGUACUUCCAUUGGUUCAAUCAGGGGGUGUC